CUUGUUUUGUCCCAUGAUCAGAUAUUUAUAGCAGGGCCAUGACAUAAAUAACCCUGAGGGCAGCUCAUUAGUCGCACAACAUUUACCAGCGGUAUAACUCCUUAGGUGCUCACUUUUAGCUCAAGUUUACGGACCAGAAGGAACCUCAUGGGAUGACGUUGGAUAGCAACAGCGUCGGUCUUCCAGAGUGAUUUCUUUGGGGCACACUGUCGAUGGUGGAGAAGGUGGUUUGGAGUUCUCGGUUACUGCCAAUAUGGAUUUUGAGACAUCAGGAGAGAUUUUUGAUGAAGAGGUGGCGGCUCAGUACAUGAUAGAACAGAGCCUUCUGGCAAACAAUAAGCAGACUGAAUUUAAGGACAUCUUAUCUGCAGAUGGAUGCAGGAUAAUACAGACUAGUCCAGAAAGGGAUAAAAUAUCCAGCGCCGUCAAACGAGGUGAUGAAGCUGAACUUCGUAAGCUCACAAUCCACCAGUCUGCUUUCUCCGAGGAGGACAGUGCUGGCCAGAUUCCCUUACACGAGGCAGCGAUGCAGAACAACCAGCACAUCCUGGAGAUCACUUUCAAAGCAUCUCCCACAGACGCCAAGUUUAGAAAAACUCAUCGGGGCAAGACGGCCCUUUUUUUGGCUAUAGAGAAGGGUUUCUUGGAAAAUGCCUGCUACCUUUUGGACAAUGGAAGCAGCCCAGAUUGCCUGGACAAUGAUGAGGACUCACCUCUUGUCAUUGCUAUACGCAACAACCACUAUGACAUGAUGAAGCUCCUUCUCUGCUUCAACGCCAACGUAAACCUAAAGUUGGCGCACUGCAGAACGGCCCUUCAUGAAGCUGCUCAUUUGGGCCUGACGGAUUUUGCAAAGCUGCUGCUAAAGUCUGGAGCUGAUCCUGAUCCCCGGAGCACGUAUGGCCUCACGCCUCUAGCCCUGGCGGCGCAAGCUGGCCACGCGGAGAUAGUGCAGGAACUCCUAUGCCGAGGGGCUGAUGUGGAUUCUCAAGCUCAAGACUGGGCUACAAUUCUUUAUGAAGCUUCUGCGUCUGGGAACCCUGACGUCAUCUCUCUGCUGCUGGAGUAUGGUGCUGAUGCUAAUAUACCCAAACACACAGGCCACCUGCCAAUCCACAGAGUAGCCCAUCGCGGAUAUGUGAAAGCUCUGGCUCUCCUAAUCCCUGUGACCACAUGGGAGGCAGUGGAUGAGAGCGGCAUGAGCCCCCUGCACUCGGCAGCAGCUGGUGGACAAACACAGUGUCUGGAGAUGCUCCUCAAAGCCGGCUACGACCCCAACUUCAUGCUUUCACCAUGGGUGAGACGCAAUUACGACGACCAGCGCAGGUCCGUCCUGUACUUCGCAGUAACCAAUGAAGACGUGUGCUCCACCAAGUUGCUCCUGGAGGCUGGCGCGAUGCCCAACCAGGACCCGGUGAAAUGCUUGCAAGUGGCCUUGCGUCUAGGCAACUACCAACUGAUCGACACCCUGCUAAGGUACGGCGCCAACGUCAACUACUUCUGCAGGGUGAACACCACGCACUUCCCUUCGGCUCUGCAGUACGCCCUGAAGGAUGAGGUUCUACUGAGGAUGCUCUUUAACUAUGGCUAUGACGUUCAACGCUGCUUUGACUGUCCAUACGGGGACAGAGCUCACGUGCCUGAUGAUUAUGAGGGCUGGAGCAGUACUGUCAUCAAAGAUACCAUGUUCUGUGAGGUGAUAAGUGUUGAUUGGCUGAAGCACCUCUCUGGAAGCGUUGUGCGUAUCAUGCUGGAUUACGUUGACCAUGUCAGGUUUUGCUGCAAAAUGAAAGCAACUCUGAUGGAGCAAAAACAGUGGCCAGAAAUCUGCAAGAUUCAAGAGAACGCGCGCUGCUUGCAGCACCUGUGCCGACUGACCAUCAGGAGACGUUUGGGACGGCUGCGCCUCAGAGCUCCAGUCUUCAUGAGCUUCCUGCCUCUGCCUAACCGCCUGAAGGAAUACAUCCUAUACAAAGAGUAUGAUCUUUAUAGGCAGAUGUGCUAGGAACAGUUAAAAUCAUACAGAUAUGAAAUGUCAGGGAUGACUGAAAUCCAGAGAACUGUUCUUUGUUCCUACAAAUGAUGUUUUGAUGUUUGAUCAGCUUGGCUGGGUUUAGCACCUAAAUAAUUGAAUAUGUAGAUAAAUGUAUAGAUUGUCAUUAAUGAACACAUUCAAAUGAAGCUGCAUUUUUUUUUUAAGAUGCUGUUUAAAUGAAUGACAAAAAUGUGUUAAAAUGUGUAUUCAUGUAUAGUUUUUAAUCAGCUUUUUUAAAAACAUUGUAAGUCUUGUAUUUUAUGUAAAUACUGGAUUUGUAGAAAUACAGAAUCUUGUUACACUGCCUUUUAGGUUAAGAAGAUAAACAUACAGUGUGUGUGUGUGUGUGUGUGUGUGUGUGUGUACUUUUUCCUUGUAAAUGUGUUUAGCUCAAUGUGCGACUUUGCGACAAAUAAAUAAAAACCUAAUUUCAUGUGUA